AUGAGUUUCUCCAUUUUCGGAGAAGACUCACCCAGAGGUGCCCAGCUGCCUGAUAACUAUCUCAUAAGCCGAAACAGCCCUGUGGUUGUGGAACAUAACGUAAGUUACACUCGUCUGGAGGGCCAAGGCCAAUCACAGAACCAGAAUCAUCAGGUUGUCGUCCCAGACGCCUCGAGAAGGUCCCAGAAUCGGCUGCGCAGCCAGGCCGACAAUAAAGAUACAGAUUCAGAUGAAGAUGCUCGGUUUCUUCGUCUUGCUCAUGAGGCAUUGGUGGCAACAACAGCUAAAUCAAACAUGCUUGUAGAUCCGACGAUCGAGGACCUUCUCGCCAGGCUACAGUAUGCUCUGCUGCCACAUGGAAAUCCGAUCAAAAGGUCCCAGAAUAUUCACGCCAACGAGAACGGACAACUUAUGAUUCAGAAUUUCUACGAUGGGUUCCCAAACUUGAGCAAUGAUAUCUUCACGAGCACCAGUAACCACCCGCUGAAUGCCAACAAUACAGGCUGGAAUUUCUUGUUGGAUAAAGACGAGAACCCAUCAGCAGCCCAGGGGCACGGUCGCAGACAAGAUCUUGGUCAGAUUCGUGGAACGGCGCCAGAACUACGAAGUCAGCGAGAUCUCAGUAUCAGUGACAGUCGAAACACACUUAAGGAGGUUACUGCAUCUCCGCUAGAGAGAAAGAACAAGCUUCAGCGAAAGUUCCCUUGUCCUGACUGCCAUAUGCUGUUCAGACGAAGCAGUGAUUUGAAGCGCCAUGGGAAACAGCAUUUGGAGAUUCCAGCGAAUAUCUGUGCUGACUGUGGGAAAGGUUUUGCCAGGAAAGACGCCCUCAAACGGCACAGAGGCACGCUAACAUGUAAGAGAAACGCCCAAAAGGGGCUCUACGAGAAGAAUCUUCAGUAUCUUCGAAAGUCCUGA